AUGAUCUCUUCAGCUCACGUUCCUUGGUAUAACGAGCACGAAUGGUAUCAUGUUUAUGAAAGCUUAUUUCAAAGCCAUAAUAAUAUAGAACAACAACAAUGGGCUAUAACACGAAUAUCUUUCUGGGAACAACGUUGCUCUAACACUCCUAUUUCAAUUUCUGCUACAAAGCUUUUAAUUCAAGCCUCUAUUACAGAUCGCACGUCGUCAUGUUCUAUCUCACAAGAUCAAGUUCAAAUGCUUUAUGGUAUAGCAAUUGUUAGGUUCAUUAACACGUAUGUGGAUGCAGAACAAAGGAAGUAUUACGCAGAAUCAAUUUCCAAUCUAGGCUGCAAAUUGGGAAUUCCUUCGGAACUUGUCGAGUGUCGUCAUCGUAUUACUCAUAAUGCUGACUUACCAUCAAUAGAACUUUUACGGCACCAUGCUAAGUUAAGCCUAGAGUAUAUUGUUACAACGUAUUGGGAACCUCAAGCUGAGAUGAUUCGUCAACGUUACACCUAUUCAAAACAUUCCACUCAAUUUUUAUUAGGUCUUAUGGCCCUUUAUUUAGACUUGGAACGUUUCACCUAUUCUUCUUCAUUUUUUGAAACACAGAUUUCCGUAAAACACAGUAAUGGAAUAAAAACUCAAUCUUUCUCUCCCCUAUCCGUCUAUCAGCACCUUCUCAAGUUGAGACAUUUACGUAGUGAACGUCGUCAAUUGAAACGAUUAGCUAACAGAUUACAUACAACAGAAGAGGAACUGUUGGGUAACAAAAAUUUUAUCGAAAUACUUCAGUGUUUAAGAGAUUGGGAGGGUGGUUUUAAAAAUCUCCUUAUGUUUUCACGCGAUUUUCUCUGUGAUGCCUCUUAUGAUGAAACCGUUUUGUCGUUUAUUAAAGAUUGGGUUUUAAUAAGAAGACAUCCCCAAAACAAAAACAAUAUGUUUGUUGUAUUUUUCAUUUUUUUCAUUUUAAACUUUGUUUCGGUGAAUUUAACCUAUAAACUCGUCGAAGCAUUACUUAAGACAAUAUUAAGUCCAGUUUCAUCUUCUUAUGAAAUGGAAGAAAACAUUAAUACCACUUUAGAUAAAACGAUACCUUUUAAAAGGAAAAUUUCAGAUCCUACGAAUGAAGUAAAGAAGCAGUAUUACGCUGCGUGGGAAAAGAUUUUUAUAAAACAAUCGUCGAUCAAAACAACACAAGUGUCACAUCACGAUUCAAGUAAGCUCAAGGAAUAUUUUUUUUCAGUCUGUUUUUUUUCAAUCCUCUUUGCAAUUUUUUAA